UGUGCUGUCAUUUAUAGGUCAAAUAAAAUUUUCCUUUCGGCAUAACAAUCCAGUUGGAAAUUUUUAAUUUGGCUUGGUCAGUUCCGGUUGAACUUUAUUAUUACUUAAAAUGUCCGGAAAAUAUAGAAUUGUUAUGGUUCGCCAUGGUGAAUCCGAGUGGAAUCAAAAGAACCAGUUUUGCGGAUGGUUUGAUUCUGCUUUAAGUGAUAAAGGAAAAUCUGAAGCUGCAGCUGCUGGAAAGGCUGUUAAAGAUGCUGGUUUAAAGUUCGAUAUUGCUCAUACAUCAGUGCUUACCCGAGCAAUUAUUACUUUGGAGACUAUUCUCCAAGAGAGUGGACAGUCGGGUAUUCCAGUUUGCAAGUCAUGGCGUUUGAAUGAACGUCACUACGGAGGACUCACGGGGUUGAACAAAGCCGAGACUGCCGCCAAAUACGGUGAGGAUCAAGUUAAAAUCUGGCGCCGCAGCUUCGACACUCCCCCACCACCAAUGGAACCCGAUCAUCCAUACUAUGACGUAAUUGUUAAGGACCCACGUUAUGCCAACGGCCCGUCUCAAGAAGAAUUCCCUAAAUUCGAAUCACUUAAAUUGACUAUUCAACGCACAUUACCGUAUUGGAAUGAUGUUAUAAUUCCACAGCUUAAGGAAGGCAAGCAAAUCAUCAUUGCUGCUCAUGGCAAUAGUUUACGCGGUAUCGUUAAGCAUUUGGAUAAUCUCUCAGAAGAUGAAAUUAUGGCUUUGAAUCUGCCUACCGGCAUUCCAUUCGUCUAUGAAUUGGAUGAGAACUUCAAACCUGUUGUCUCUAUGAAAUUCCUUGGUGACGAGGAAACCGUACGAAAAGCCAUUGAAGCUGUUGCGGCACAAGGCAAAGCUAAAUAAAGAUGCACACGGCUCUCUAAUAUAUUCAUAUUCAUAGGCAACAUAAGACAUUAGUAAACUAAAUAGAAAUUUGGGAGAUCCAAAAUUUCUUUAAGCAAAUAUAACUGCUAGCCACAUAGAAUAUUAAAGUUGUUCGUAUACUACGAAUAUUACUGUUGUGGCAAAUUGUUGUUUAAAUUAUUAACGGUCAAUAAAUUAUUGUUAAACAUCA